GUAAAAAUAAAGGAAUAAAAAAAGUAGACGUGACCAUGACAGAUGGAGCAGAUUAAAGUGGUGGCUGGGGAGCCAUCGGCCACGUAUCCUUGUGAGCCUUGUGAGAGACUGCACCCCCUGCGGCCCUACUGCCUCACAUGAAAGCGGCGUUUAACAACUGAUGAAGAAUCUGAGUUUGGAGUAGGAAGUCUCCCAACUGCCCGAGCCUCUCUGGUGGCAGCAGCUACGGAUAUAAUCAUCUCUCUUUUGCUAAUCUCUCAAAUCUGAAAAAAUGGCAACUCAUGAUCCAGAGCAUCCCACUCUGUCUUCCCCUGGACAGGAGCCUCUCCUUUACGGUCAACAGCGGCAAGUCGAGAAUUAUUCUGUACUCGCCUCUAUACUGCCAUUCCUGUUCCCUGCUUUUGGAGGACUGCUCUAUGGUUAUGAUAUCGGUGCUACAUCCUGUGCCACAAUUUCCAUAGAGUCUGCCACAUCAAGUGGGAUUUCAUGGUAUGACUUAUCCUCUGUGCAGCUUGGUCUCAUAACUAGUGGCUCACUCUAUGGUGCUCUGAUUGGCUCUGUUCUGGCCUUCAAUAUCGCAGAUUUCCUUGGUCGAAGAAGGGAAUUGAUUCUGUCUUCUGUACUAUAUCUUAUUGGAGCAGUGAUAACAGCAAUUGCGCCCGUCUACGUUCUAAUGGUUAUUGGACGUUUUGUUUAUGGUGUAGGAAUUGGUUUGGCGAUGCAUGCUGCUCCAAUGUACAUUGCAGAGACAUCACCAAGCCAGAUAAGAGGGUUGCUUAUUUCUCUUAAAGAGUUUCUCAUAGUCUUCGGAAUGCUAUUGGGCUAUACAGUUGGUAGCCUUCUGGUGGAAGCAGUUUCUGGUUGGCGGUAUAUGUAUGGAAUUAGCGCUCCGUUAUCAAUUUUUAUGGGAAUUGGAAUGUGGUGGCUUCCUGCAUCGCCUAGGUGGAUUCUUCUAAGCGCCAUUCAAGGAAAGGGUGAUACGCGGGAUCUACGAGAGACAGCUGUACAUUGCCUUUGCAAGCUGAGGGGUGAUGCAGUUGGGGAUUCAGCAUAUGAUCAGGUGGAUGAGAUUCUAUCUGAGCUUUCUCAUCUAAGUGAAGAAAAAGAAACUACCUUUACUGAAAUAUUUCAAGGAAAGUGUUUGAAAGCCCUAACCAUAGGUGCAGGACUGGUCAUGUUCCAACAGAUUACUGGGCAACCUAGUGUUUUGUAUUAUGCAGCAAAAAUAUUCCAGGAUGCUGGAUUUGCUGCCGCAGCUGACGCCACAAGGGCCUCAAUCUUUCUUGGGUUGUUGAAGCUGAUUAUGACAGGUGUGGCAGUUGUAGUUGUUGAUAGACUUGGGAGAAGACCUCUUCUACUUGGAGGCGUCUCUGGAAUUGCAGUGGCUUUAUUUCUUCUGGGAUCAUAUUACACCUUUCUUGGUAAUGCCCUGCCUGUUGCUGUCAUUGCUCUGCUAUUGUAUGUUGGGUGUUACCAGUUAUCAUUUGGUCCGAUUGGGUGGCUGAUGAUUUCAGAGAUCUUUCCUUUGCGGGUGAGAGGGAAGGGAUUAAGCAUUGCAGUUCUUGUGAAUUUUGGCCUUAAUGCAAUUGUGACCUUUGCGUUUUCUCCUAUGGAGGACUUGGUUGGAGCUGGAAACGUGUUCUUCAUAUUUGGUUGCAUAGCCAUUGCAGCUCUUAUUUUCGUCUUCUUCAUUGUUCCGGAGACAAAGGGGCUAACGUUGGAGGAGAUCGAGGCCAAAUAUCUUUGUUAAAUAUUGUCACAGUAGAGGCACCACCGGUCUCCACCUAUGCACGACGGUCUCUUACUAUCGCAUAAUAUGGUUCUUCUGAGUAUAAUCUGUUUUUCCUUGUGCAUAGGUGUUAUUAAAAUGUAUUUGGGUAUCUAAUACAAAACAUUUGAAAUAUCUAGAGGUGAUACGGAGUAUGAUUUAUCUGUGGAUAUUUCCCUAUUUGGAACCAUUGCAAAGUGAAAUUAACUUUCCAGCAGUGGCUGUGAAAACUGAUGACCCUGG